UCAUCGUAUUUCAAAAUGAAACAGGUCAUUAUAAUAAGAGCUUACUUUAUAAUUGAUGUAGGUAACUCUGCCAUAUGUUUUCAUUCAAGCACGUGUAGUAUUUGUUUACGUUGUGCAAAUGUGGAAGAUCGCUCUAAUUUCAGACAAUAUACAAUAAGAAAGAGUAAAAAUGUCAACGGAAGACGAAUUUUUGAAUUGGCUGCGCCGCAAUGAAUUGUCCUUUCUUGAGAAUUUUAAAUUUGCAUUAAAAGCUUGGAAUUCGGCUGAGUUUACGCUUUCAAGUAAAUAUGACAUUAUCUUCAAUUGGUUAUCUACGGAAGCAGUGAAGAUGCCGAUAGAACAAAUGCCUUUUGAGGACUUUACUGAAUUGUUACAAAUGCGCGCUCAACCGGGCCUUAUUGCCCAAGAUACAAAAAAGAAAUUUGUUGAAAUGAUUAUGAAAUUAGCCAGCAAAUGGUCUGAAGGCCAUAAAGUAGAAACAAAUUGUGAUUGGUCAAAACUUUUGUGCCAUUUGUGUGACUUUGAAGUUUUGCAAGAUUUAUAUCGAACAGAUUAUGAGAUACAUGCGCAAGUCUAUUCAUCAUUACUUAAUUGCUAUGAAUUAUAUUUAAAGCAAUUUAAAUCAUCAAAGCAACCAAUUAAUUCCACCUUAACUAAAAUAAUGAAUACCGGAAACGAAACCAAAUUUUUUGCCAGCAUCGUAGGUCAUUUACGAGAUCACAUUAAAAGAACCGGCGAUACUGCACGCUAUGACAAAUAUUAUCGAUUGUAUAUAUUGCAGCCACUUGUUCGUGUGGUUUUAACGCUCCGAACGCAUUCGCUUUGCUUCUUCGAUGAAUUAUUACAAUUAGAACGUCUUCUGACGGAUGAACUACAAGACGAACCUCUAGUACAACGUAUAAUGCAAUUGCCUCUAUUUGUCAGACUUUUAAUACUGGAAUGUAGCCUUAUCAACAGACGUGGAGUGGAAAGUUUUAUACAACAUUUGUUGCAGCGCGUAUUCAAAGAGCUUGCGAAAGAAAUCGAUAAAGUUGAACAGAAAGAUUCCCUUAAAGCGCCAAUGAUGUUAACCGCAGCUGCUUAUACUUUGGAAAUUUUGCGUAAACAUGACAUCAGUCUAAAUUUCAAAAUGGAUUUGGAAAAUCAACCACCCGCACUGACUUACUUGGGUGAAGAACUUUUUAAGUGUAUUCAACGGGGCAAACAAGAUUAUUUGCGUGAAGUUUUAAUGCUAUUAUGCGCAGCUUUGCGUCUAAAUCCACUCAUUUUGGAGCAAGACAUCUUCCAGAUAACCACUUGGAUGAUAGUCGCAGAAAAGAAGAACCAAGAAGAGCUUGGUUUAUUUGGCGAAUAUCUUGUAUCCCUAAUGGAUAUGUUUAGACGUUUAAGUCGAGCAGAGAAACUGGUUUUUAACAUGCUCAAAAGCCUUAAAGAAUGGUUAAACAAAUUUGAAAUUGUAACAAAUAAAAAGACGGAAAAAAAUCUGAAACGAAAAUCGAGGGAAGCGGAUGAAAACACUGUUAAGAAAUCAAAACCCCUCAAUGCGGAAUUAAACACCGACAUAAACUAUUUGCAUAUUAUCUUCGAACAGUUUCAUAAUGUGUCAACAGACAUUAACGGUGAACGCAAUAACGAAGUCGCACAUUCUUUUCCAUAUCUCCGAGCAGCUUGGCCAACAAAAAGUGUUGGUGUUGCAUUUUCAAAAUUAAUAACCGGACUCGUGUCUAAACCUUCUCUAGUAAUCUGGAAGUCAUUGCUUUAUUCUUUGAGAGAGUUGCUACUAAAAUUACAUGAUAAAACUGAUGUACGGUGUGAAGAGAAUAACCAAUUCCUCUUGGACCUACAUGCCGCUUUACUUUGUCAGUAUUUUUCUGGUUGUCGCCUGGCGGAACAAUAUGAUAAGUUUUCGAACGAAAUAAAUGAACAGCUUCGCAUUACCGAAGAAGUACUUUCGGAAUUUGCACGGUUGCUACUCGCUCAAGAGCAUAAUGAACGUAAAUUAAAUGCAUUUCUGGAAUGUGCCUUUCAUACAAGUUACUUCAAACUUCUACUCCACUACUAUUGUCCAGAUGGGCAUAAAGAAAACCCACCAGCAGCAGAGCAACUACAUGCAUUUCUGAAUACCGAAGUGUGGUCAUUACUCGGAGAACGCGUAAUGAAUUUUGGCAAAUCGCAAAGCAAAUUUCUUUAUAAUCGCCUGAGCUUGCAACGUUCACAAGCACUUUCACUUUUAAAAUCAACAGCAGAAAGUAGUGCAGUUGACUUACAAUCCAUAUUGUCUCUCACGAAUGAAGACAAAUUGCAAUAUGACGUCGUGACGCUACUGCAAAAAAUGCCAAGUAUGAAGUGGACUCUCAGUCGCAUGAAUCAGCAUGAGAAGGCUAGCAUACUACCACGCCUGCUGGAUACAAAGGCUAAAGUAAACGUAAUUGCAGACGAUUUGGACUCUUUAGAAAUACUGGCAAUCGCCUUGUGCGCAAGUUUUUCGCAACAUUUCACAACUGUUGCGAAGGGUUCCAUACUGGCUUCAUUAAAUUGUAAUUUCGACUCAUUAAACGAUUAUAUACGAGCUGAUCAGAAUGCAGCAGAUAAAAAAUUGCUUAAGUUCAUAAAAAUUAUUGAGACACUCGCUAAAACUGAGUACAAAGUGAAAGAACUUUCCGCGCCUGAAGAAAUAGAAAAGGUUUUACAUCUUUGUCGCCAAUUACCACUAGGACAUAUGCGAAGACAAAGUAAAUGCUUGAUGUUUGCAUUAUUUUUAGCGUUCUAUAGCGAUUUGAAUGCAACUAAUACCAUAGAAGCCAAUAAAUAUGCUUCGGAGGUCUUUGAAAUAAUUUUAGAUUUUCUACACUUUGGUCCACAUGUUCCGGUCUUCAAAUAUUUUUCAUUAUCGACCAUUUUACAAAUUAUACCUGUUGCAACAUUAUGGCAGUUCUAUGAGUUCAUCUUUUCCUCCAUAAAAUCCGAAGAAAAAGGCAGCGAGCAGUUUCUCACCUCAUUGGCUGAAAACUUAGAAUCCGCACAAAGUUCCGAUUGUAAACUUAGUGAAGAUCAGAGACGUCUUCUGCUGAUCGCCAUAGAAACCCUCGCUGCACUUAGUGGUCCUAGCGCUAAACGCUUACGAAAACAAUUUGACCGUAUUUUAACAAUUUACUCCAAAUAUAUAAACGCAUACUUUAAUAAACAAUCCGAAAAAGGAACGAAUGCAACAUUAGAUAACUCUGUGAAGAAGGAUAAGAAAUUUGUUGAGAAAACUUUAGCCGGUUUCGCGCCGUUUGCGAAUUCUGUACUAACGAACGCGGCAGCUGGCAUCAGUAAUGGGAAUGAUAAAUCGGUCGUAUUAGUGGAUGAAAACUUUCGUCGUAUUUGUAAAAUAUACAUUGGGCACUCGAUGGACUACCGCAAUCCGUAUGCCUUACGUUUGUUGCAAGUGGCGUUAAAUCAUAGGCAGCUUUUGCAUUUGGAUCAAGAUGAAAUAGAGUUUGUGCUUAGUCACUAUUGGCAACAACUCAAUGCAGAUUUGAAAAACUCAAGCGUAAAUGAGACAAAUACUGGCAAAACGACUGAGACUGCAGUUAAAAUGAUUAUUGGUAAUAAAACCAAUGAAGAUUUACUACUGACACUACAAAGUUUGACCAAUAAUUUGGAUGAUAUAAAAGAUUUUAGAAAUGUUUUAAGAUGCCUUGAAUUAAUAGCAAAAUGUUCUUUCAGUACGAUUAAAGGCGCUAUUUUUAAUGAUAAAUUUAAAUCCAUCACAUGCAACAUUAUAUUACGUCUUGGAAAAGAUGAGCAUCAGCAAUUUUUGGAGAAGGAACAAAUAUUGGCACUAUUGGCGGCGCAGCAAUCGUUAGUCGAAAAUAAAAUGAUUCCUAUUUCAACGGACACUUUGGACGACAUACUUUCACUUCUUAUGGAUAUCAAUAUAAAACAAUAUCCACUCUCUGAAAAUAAUUUGGAUACAUUUAAACAACUACAUUGUGCAAUGAGUGGCUUAUUCGGCAGUCUGAUUAGACAAAGGCAUGUACUACUGAUGGAUCGCGUACCACAAUUUAUGCACAUAUUCAAGGACCUCAUACAAUCGAUUGUUUGGUACAAGAGUGACAGACAAAAAGAUGCGGCGCUAUCGGCCAAUGAGUUGGAUGAUUUAGCGGAGCUGGCAAUGAAAUUAGAAGCUCUAAUGCAUUUGAUAGCUUCGCACAGCGUACAUGUUAAGCGUGUUGCACCAUUUGUGCUUACUUUUGUUAUAAGUUUGAUUGUUGCAAAUAAACGCGCAACAACUUUAUAUCCGAAGAUUAAAACGCACAUUGAUAGCAUAUGCUACGAUUUAAUCGGAAUUUGCGAUCACCGGGUUGGACGUUUUAUAUUACGUUGUUCUAAUGAAGCGGCCAGGCAGGUAUACGAGUUAUAUGUUAAAGAUCAUAAAAAGUACCACAAAUUUAAGGGUAAAGUGUAAAUUAGUUUUAAACCGUAUGAAAUAAAUAUGUCAUAUACAAAAACUUUUUAUAAA